GAGGAAAUAAAUGACAAAUUUUCAGAUUUAAAAAACCAGCAAGAUUAUAAAAAUCUGAGCGAAGAAGAGAAAGAAAAGAUUGCUAAACACAAAGAUUUUCUAUUAGUCCGAGUCGAAAUAGAAAAUAAUGAGGAAUGA